CAUGCAUCACGAAGUGACUCAUCUGGCUCUUGGCGGAAGUGAGUGAUCUCCCGCUGAAUUUCUUUAGUCUUCGAUGCUGGAUAGUACAUGUGAACGAACUUGUCGGCCAGAUCGUCCCAAGAAGUGAUGGACAAUGGAGGCUGGGUCUCUAGCCACCUCUUUGCAUGCCCCCCCAGAGAAUGGGGGAAGAGGUGAAGGCGGAUCGUAUCAUCAGGGACACAGUUCAUCUUGAACCCGUUCGUCAGCUGCAGGAAAUGGGAAAGAUGCACCCUUACCUCCUCAUCCUUCAAGCCAUAAAACUAAAUAGAGGAUGUAAUGAGUUGAAUCUAGCAUGGCUUGAUCUCGAAGUUGUUCGCUGGGAUGGGUGUAUAGAGGAUGACAAGGCGGAUAUCAGCGACCCGUGGAGUGUAGUAAUACUCCAGGGUGGGACCCGGCGGCGGUGGUGGUUGAUGCUGAACCCCAUCUACCUGGGGUAUGGGGUUGUUCCCCAAGAUAUGAUUCACCGGGGGAACCUAGAAAGGUAUCCCCUGAGGCGGGUUAUGUUCACCUUCCAUCUCGUACUCGUCCUCGAAAUUGCUGCUCAAAUGGCCAUCUAUGCUCUCCUCCGUAGCCAGUCUAGCUCGCUGUUGUCUCCUAAGUUGGCGACAGGUGUGUUCAAGCUCCGGAUCCAACGGCUGUAAAUCUCCUGACUGGCUACGGGUCAUGCACUACCUGCACACAGCCAAGCAGCAAACCAGUGAAGGCACAACUGUGACAAAGCAAACAGUGCUAAAAAGAAAAGCUAAAUUAACAGAAACCACGUUUCUUCAACAAACUAGCCGUCCCUGGCAAUGGCGCCAAAAACUUGACUCGCUCCUACUGUCACUCUAGAAAAUGGCCAACUGUAACCACUUCCUAAAGCGUAGUAUAGCGGGUUUGGGUCCUAAGUGUGAUGACUACUCCGUGAGUUAUUAUUAUUUAGCAGUGAAAGUGUAGUGAAGAUCCAAACAAGCAAACAAGCAAAGCAAGUAAAAAGGUUGUUGUCAAGUCGAGAGAGGUCACCCGGAUAUGGUUCCCCCUAGACUGCAGUUAAGCCGGAUUGUAAUUUACCAAGUUCAAUUCCAAUGAUAGUUAUUCUGUGGGAGGUUCUUAAGCAGUCUGCAAUCUCGACUAAAGGUCUCCGGACCCUCUCAAUCUGAGUCCCCAGCGGGCGACUAACCUCCACCGGAGUAAACAGAUUGAGGCCCU